AUGAAUGUGUCCAGCUGGGGACAAGAUUUGCUGUUAGCCAGAUGGAUAUUGUUGCUGCUCCUGCUGCUGCUCCUGCAGCUGCCUCAGAUUGUGAACAAGAAUACGGUCGACAGAUUUGGUCAGCAGCCAAAGGUUCGUAAUGACUUUGGCAUUCCAAAUAAUAUUGUCAUUGGUGAAUUUGUGUUUUUUUUAAUUCACAAGUUUAAUGAGAUCACAUUUGAUACAACUCCAGAUCCAGAUAUGAGAAGCUACUUAUUGCCAAAUUACUACCACCAAUUCCUAGUCUUUAUGUUUGCCAUGAAUGAGAUCAACAAGAAUGCCCAUCUCUUACCCAACAGCACACUGUCUUCCACCUUCGCUCAAAACGCUCACAAUGAAAUGGGAGCCUGUGCUGGGACUAUGGAAGUCCUUUUCCUACAACAGGGGAACCGCCUGAACUACAUCUGUGGCAAGACAUACAAGCUAAUGGCCAUCAUUGGUGGGCUCAACGCUCAAAACUCCAAGCAGAUGCCCCAUAUUUUAAAUAUCUACAAGAUGGCACAGCUUAGUUACAGCUCCUUUGACUCUCAACUGAGUGAUAAAAUACAGUUCCCUUCUGUCUAUCGGAUGAUCCCAAAUGAAAACCAUCAAUAUGUUGGGAUUGUUCAGCUGCUUCAGCAUUUUGGAUGGACCUGGAUUGGCCUUGUUGUUUCAGAUGAUGACAGUGGAGAAGUGUUAUUGAGGACUCUCAUUCCUCGCCUGCUCCAGAACAAUAUUUGUAUUGCCUUUAAGGAAGUUAUUCCAAUACAGAAGGGGUUUGGUAGAAUAACAAUGCAAAUGAAGAAGCAAAUGGCAAGAAUCAGAUCUAUUCUCUUAUCAUCCAAAACCCAUGUAAUCCUUGUUCAUGGGGAUUCAAGGUCUAUGGAACUCUUACGAACAGCUCUGUCAUUACAAGAAAAUGUUAAAAUAAAUCCAAUAGAGAAGGUUUGGAUCACAACAGCUCAGUGGGAUUUUGCAACUGUAUCCCACAUUGAUAUAUUCACACCCAAAUCCUUCAAUGGGACCUUGUCCUUUGUGCUCCAUACUAAUGAUGUGGCAGAAUAUGAAGAGUUCCUUGAGACUUUAAAUCCUAAUCAAUCUAUGCUUUAUUUCAUCCACCAUUUCUGGUCUACUGCAUUUACGUGCUCAUUCCCCAUAUACAACAUUUAUCGACAAGAUGCAGGAGACUGUACUGGGGAAGAGAAGUUGAGGAGCCUCCCUGGGACUGUGUUCGAAAUGGGAAUGUCUGGUCAGAGCUACAGUAUCUACAAUGCUGUUUAUGCUGUAGCACAUGCUCUCCAUGCCAUGUUCUCAUCAAGAUAUAAGCAGAAGGCAAUGGGAGAUGGAGCCACAUGGCACCUUUUGAACAUCUCCCCAUGGCAGCUUCACUCCUUCCUAAAAAACAUCCGCUUCAACAAUACUGCUGGGGAAGAAAUAUUUUUUGAUGAAAACAGAGAGUUAGCUACUGGAUAUGAUGUCAUGAACACCAUCACUUUCCCCAAUCGGUCCAUCCAUAAAGUCCGUGUUGGAAGGAUAGAGCCACAGGUUCCUGAAGGGGAAAAAUUCACCAUUAAUGGAAGUGCUGUUGUGUGGAAUCACAAGUUUAACCAGAUUCUCCCACAAUCCACAUGUGUUGAGAGUUGCCAUCCUGGACAUAGCAGGAUUGUGCGACAGGGGGAACAGAUCUGCUGUUAUGAUUGUCCUCAGUGCUCUGAAGGAAUGAUUUCAAACCUGACAGAUGCAGAUAAUUGCAACAAUUGCCCUGAGGACCAGCAUCCAAACAAGAACCAGAAUGACUGCAUCCCUAAACACAUAAUCUAUCUAGCAUAUGGAGAGCCCUUGGGAAUAAUUCUAGCAACACUUGCACUUUUUGUUUCUCUGGUCACCCUUGUAGUAAUGUGGAUCUUCAUUCAACACCAGAAUACUCCCAUUGUCAAGGCCAACAACUGGAACAUCACAUGCACCCUCCUCAUGUCCCUCUUCCUUUGCUUUCUGUGCUCCUUCUUAUUCAUUGGACAGCCUGGGAAGGUGACCUGCCUCCUCCGUCAAACAGUGUUUGGUAUCAUCUUCUCCCUCGCUGUUUCUUGUGUGUUGGCUAAAACCAUCACUGUGGUUCUGGCCUUCAUGGCCACCAAGCCAGGAAACAGGAUGAGGAAAUGGGUAGGGAAGAGGCUGGCAGUCUCAGUCAUAAUUCUCUGUACUCUUAUUCAAACCAGCAUCUGUGUAGUGUGGCUGGCAACCUCUCCUCCUUUUCCAGAGUUUGACAUGCUCUCCCAGACUGGCCUGAUCAUUGUUCAGUGCAAUGAAGGAUCAGACUUCAUGUUUUAUAUUGUCCUGAGCUACAUGGGGCUUCUGGCCAUCAUCAGCUUCACUGUGGCUUUCUUUGCCAGGAAGUUGCCUGAUACAUUCAAUGAAGCCAAGCUCAUCACUUUCAGCAUGUUGGUGUUUUGCAGUGUUUGGUUAUCCUUUGUCCCAACCUACCUGAGCACCAAAGGGAAAUACAUGGUGGCCGUGGAGAUCUUCUCCAUCUUGGCCUCUAGUGCUGGAUUGCUGGGUUGCAUCUUCCUCCCCAAAUUCUACAUUAUUGUCCUGAGGCCUGAGCUGAACACCAGGGAUCAGUUAGUAAGGAAAAAGUAUUAUGGAACCUGA